AGCCCAGGGCCCGGCAGCCCACCAUGUCUGCCCAGUUUCCACAAGUAUCCUGAGGGUCUCCAUCGUGGGCCAGGGGACUGGAGAAGGCCAGCCGGCCCAGCCCACGCAGGGAUGGAUGUCGGGCCUCAGGCCAGCAGGCUGCCCUGUGAAGGCCCCAUCUGUGACCUCAGGGCAGGCGGUGACCAGGGGGCUCACCAGAUCCCGCCCUCGGCCCGGCCCUGGGGCUAUGUCGAUCUCGGUCCCGGGAAUGCCGUCGGUCCUCCUAGGAGACACGACCCAGUCCCACCCCAAAGACCACCUCGAGGCCCGGGGCAGGCCAGCCGCCAGGAAGGCUAGAGCCAAGCCCAGGGACUCCGGGCUCCGUCUAUCUGCGGCUGAUGAUGAUGCCAUGGCUGCCCUGAGGUGGGCCAGGCCCUCCCGGCAGCCAGGUGACCUGCGGGGAGCUCCCCACGUGGCCUGGUCCGACUACACCGAGCAGCCAGGCCCCCAGAGGAAGGCCUGCAGCCUCCUGGGGUGGUCCGAAAGCGAGGAGGCCAGGGAUGGGGGCAGCUCGGUGUCAUCAGGCCGCCUUUCCGGCUCCUCCGGGGGCCACGAGUCCUGCACAUCUCUCCCCGGGCCCUGGAAGGAGCGGCCCCCCCAGGUGCAGGGGCCCCGGCGGCAGCUGAGAGAGAGCAACCCACGACUGGAACGGCUUAGGGACAAGAUCCGGGCCCAGGCACAGUGGCAGGCCAGCUGUGCCUCUCUGGGCACCUCGACGCCCUCCAGCGCCUCGCGCCUCUGCAGAGUCUCCAAGCCAGAUCCCCGCAGGAAGGCCGGAAGGCUGGCGCACCCCGAUCCGGCCCCGUGGGACGUACUUGGGCCUGGGGCCACCAUCAAAGGCUUAGGCACCCCGAGAGAGGCUCCGUGUGGAGCGGAAGACAAGGCCAUCCCGGGCCGGGGGCGAGAGCCCUCCAGGGUCCCCCAGCGCCAGGCCUCAGCUCCACGGGAGAAAACCAAAAGAAUGAAAAGCCGUCCUUGCACAAGGGAGAGAGCCCCCCAGUCGCCCACCUCUAGAAGAGAUGCCAGAGACACAGAUUCUGAGUUGGUCGGUGUUUACGCCUGGAGGAAAGGACCAGCCCUGGCGAGGGCCCUGCUUGGGCCCCCUCCGGCCCUCCCCAGGCUCCAGAGGGAGGCUCCCUCGAGAGACCAGGCCCCUGCCGCGGAAUUAGGAGACAGCAAGAAAGUUGGAGCUGCUAAGAGCUCCCCUGCCCGUCCCCGGAUGCCCAGUCCAGCCUCUGUCCGCGGCGGCCUGCAGGUGUCCGCCAAUACGCCCAACCUGUCCUCCUGCGAGCAGCCUGUGACCAUCCAGAAUGCCAUGGCUGUCCUUAGAGACCUCCGCCAGCAAAUCCAGGCCGGGCUGGAGUUGGCCCGGAGCCACCGCCCCAGGGGAGGGCCAGAGCUGGGGCGGUCAAAGUUGUGGCUGCAGAGCCUGGCAGAGAGGAGGCAGCAGGGCCCCUGGAGCACCCCAGAUGUUCGGGGCUCCUUCUCGGAGAGUCCUCGGGCCUUAGAGAGGGCUGGCAGCUUCCCCACGGGGCAUCGCUGGAGCACCUUGGCUGGGUGGGAGUCCUGUCCCCAGAUGCCCUGGGCGGCCCAAGGACGGAACCCCUCCUUCCAGAGGCCUGGGAGCCCCCCUGAAAGGCUGACCUCCUUCCCUCAGCGGCCCUGGAGCGCCUCGGCCGGGCAGCCCUCCCAGCCCCAGAGGACCUGGGCUGCUCAUGAAGACUGGGAGAGCUCUGCCCAAAGCCUGUGGAGCCCAGCGGCCCAGCGGCCAUGGAGCGCCUCCUUCCCGCGCAGCAAGGGCACCCCAUGCAGGGGCCGAGGCUCGCUCCCGCCUCCCUCAGAGCCAAAGCGAGCCUGGAUGAGGCCGGCCCCCGGGGCCCCCAGGAACGCCCCUGGGAAGGAGAACGAGGUGAGGGUGCCGCCACCCUGCCCGAAGCCCCGGGGGGUCCUGGGUCACCCCUACAGCUCUGAGUCCCUGCGGGAGUUCAUGCGCCAGAGGACGCUGGCCCGGAGGCGACAGGCCCUGGAGGAGAAGGCCUCGGCCCUGCGGGCGCUCGAGCUGAAAAACCAGAGGCUGCAGGAUGUGUACAGGAAGCAGAGGGAGGCCGUCCUCGGCAAAGCCGUCCCUGUGGUGUCCCGCACGACCCCCGGCAUCGUGACCUUUUUUCCGCAUUGUGCACAGUCCAAGGGCCUGGAAGCCUCUGGGAGCCUGGGGUCGCCUGUGAUGGAGUGGAGCAAGGUGACCUCCGGCAUGGUGCUGGGGGACCAGGAGGCCCCGGGCAGCUUCUGCCUGUGUCUGAACAGAGCCCCGAACCGCACUGAGACGCUGGGGACAGGCGGCCCCACGCUGAUGUCCGCCCGCUCCUCCCUGGGUCCCCUGAAGCUCCAGGACCUCGCCACCCAGGGCCCGCGUCCAGGGGUGUGCAUCUACCUAGACCCUGAGGAGAGCGAGCGCCUGGGCACAUCGGGGCCCCUGCACUUCCGCUACAAGCAGGCCCGGCUACAGGCUCUGGAGACCAUGGCCAACAUCCUGAAGCAACGGAUCGACAUCCUGACGGCCAAGCUGCACAAGUCGGAGGCACUGGACCCUCCCGGGGACCCGGUCUCCGACCCGUCGCCCUCAUACCUCAGCAGAAUGGCUGCGGCCCCCACGCCCACAGCCCCCGUCCACUCCGGAGCGUUAGUGCCCCGUCGGGGCGGAGGGACACCCUGGGACUGGGCGGACACUCAGGCCAGGCCGCCGGCCUCACCCACCUGCUUCCCGGACGGCAGGACACCGUCCUGGAGCCCUGACUGGGAGCGGCGGCACAGCGUGAGCCCGGGGGCCCCCCGCGACAGCCAGCCCCGAGGUCUCACGGAGGAUGGAUGUUUGGAGCCGGGCAACAGGCUGGCGAGAAACACGGACUCCUUCCGGGCCCUCCGCCCCUUCAUCGGGAGCUCACUAGGGGUGACAGCCAUGCUGGGCCCCACCUGCGACUCCCUGCGGCUGGAGAUGCCGUCGGCCAGAGGGGCCGGCUUGCUCACGCCCCGGACCACGCGAAGCUGCGGUCAGCAUUCCGGGCACCUUGCCAACAUCCCCCAGAAGUCCCUGGGCUUUCUCGAGUCACUGAAGCUUGACCAGCAGAAGCGGAAGCAGGCGUUGGCCCUUCUGCGGCAGCGGGCGAAGCGGGAGGUCUGGGAGACACAGAAGGCCCUGGACGAGCUGCUCUUCAAGCACCGGGUGCAGCAGCUGAUGGGGAAACACUCCACCGAGGCCAGGCCGAAACCGGCUUCGGAGGGGAAGCAGCCACAGGUGUGCGGAAGUCUGGAGCCAGUGACUUGUCUGAGCACCGUGACAGCCAGACCCAGAUCGCACCCAGCCCAGGGCAGAGCCGUGGCCGCGCCCUCCCAGGACCCCCGGGAAGGACAGCAGAGUCAGGAGGGCAAGUCGGCUCCUGCAGAGCCCAGGCAGGAAGAGAGGCCAGACCAAGCCCCCUCCCAGCUGCCCCUGGCCAGGCUCUACUCUCAGGACAACCCCACCCACCAGCGGAGCCCGGCGGGGCCCUGGAGCGCGAACCCCGGAGCCCUCGGCUGCUUCACGCUGCAGAUGCUUGACGUGAGCCUGCGGGAGGCGGAGCUGCGCGCGCAGCACCAGGCUGCGAUGCUGCGCCUGCGCGAGAAGGCGCUGGAGGAGAAGAUGCGCGCCGAGCUGGCCUGGCUGGAGCAUCAGCGAGAGUGUCUGGGCGGCGAGGGGAAGGACACGAUGCUGGCGGCCUUGGCAACGAGGCAAGAGCAGGGGCUCAGCAAGCUUGAGCAGGAGCAGACAGAAAUCCGAUACCUGCGGGACAUUCACCUGUUUUCACACCAAGAGAGGAAACUUCUCCUGCAGCACGAAAAGGACAUCGUCUCCCUGCAGAGAUCCAUGGUGCACCUGCGGCGGGAGCUUCAGGCCCGGACCAGGCUGCCUCAGAGUUCCGGCCUUGAGGUCAAGACCACUCAGACGGAGGGGUCUGAGACAAGUGGGCAGCUGAAGGGCCCUGCACAGGGCUCCUCGCGCCCCUUGUCACCGCCCGGGCCCGCCAGCCCCGCCAGCCACUGCCCCCGGACAAGCCCUGAGACCCCACGAGUCCAACACCUUCUCAGCAAGCAGGCGGAUGGGACGCCCCCCCAGGCAACCUCAGCUGCGGAGAGUCACCGGCCGCCUCCAAGGCCCGCGUGGGGAGAGGACACUCCUGUGGCCAGCAGCUGGCCCGACACGGGGCGCCGGCUGGAGGAGAGCCACAGCCCCGUGGGCCAAGGAGACCCCCAGAGCAACCCCAGCCCCACGUCAGCAGAGGAGAAGACCCGGCCUCUGACAGACAGCCGUGCACAGAAGCUCCAGGGCCCCAACUCCCCGGGCGGAGGGGGUCCCUGCGGCCCCCUGGAAGCCAGCGUGGUUGAAGGCCGCAUCAGCCUAGCAGGGUCAGAGCUGGGGCUGGAUUUUGCCGGCAGCCCCGUGGAGGAGCCCCACAGAAUGGAAGGCUGGUGGCCGGGGGAACAGAGGACUGAGAGCUGCGGCCCCUUCUCUCCACCGGAAGCCGCCCAGCUGACCGCUGCUCCAGCUCCGGUACCACCCAGCCGGCCCGAGGGCAGCCCCCUGCCGCCGCUCAGGGCCCCCUCGGACCCGGGCCCGGAGUCCGAGGCUGCUCCCCGGAGCUGCUCGGGGUCUUGGGCGGGGUCCCCUGCCUCCUCCUCCCCGAGUGGGGUGUCCUGCCGCUCUCUCCAGGAGUUCCAGAGAGCAGCCGCCGUCCUGGUUCAGCUCUGCGAGAGCCCCGUCUCCGUGUCAGACUGGGGGGGUGGGGACGUCCCAGACACGGACCCCGGCUGUUCUGGGGAGCUCUCUCCUCAAGACUCCUGGGGGCUCCACCGGGGCGGGGGGCAGGUGGCCCGGGAGAGGCCAGAGGGCGGUGGGGCCGGGCCCCUGGGCGGCCUCUCCACGGAGCCGGGGGGCGUCCUGCGGGAGGGCUGGCCGCUGCCUCCCCCGGACGCCCCCUCUCCGAGGUCAGGGUCAGAGCUGUCAGAGGCGUCCAGCGAGGUCUGGGACGAGGAGAACCUUCUGGAGCCUGGCUCGGGGCCCUCCUUGUCUACAGGAGGCGCGUCCCACCUGGAAAAUGGCGGGGCGCCCGGCUCUGCACUUGCUUCCUUGGGCCCUGGGGAGGGGCAGGAAGCGUCUGGAAGCACUGGGAGCCUCAUCCGUGAACUCACCACGGAAGAGGGCCCAACAGACGUCCCCCGAGGCUGCCCGCGUGCCCUCCCGUCCACGCCCUCGUUCUCCAGUGACUUGGACCUGUCCCUUUCCUCUCCCUCGGGGUCCUUGGCAUCCGAAGGGGUGGAUUCUGGCAGAGGAGAGACCAGGCCUCUGCAGGCCUCGGCUGCCUGCCCAGAGGGGCCCUGGGACGCUGCCCUGAGUCUGCCCAGCGACAGGACGCCACGACAGUCCUGGUCGGAGCCUGAGGUCCCCGUGACCCCGCGGGCUCCUCCUGGGGACCCUGGCGGUCUGGUGGCCCUGACACCCCAGGGCUGGGCACCCAGAUGUAGGGGCAGUGGAGACUCCCCUGCCCCCGAGGAAGCCUGCCCCACGCCGUCCAGCAGGGCCUUGCCUGAGGUCCUGUCCCCCGUUGACGAGGUGCUAUCCUAUGGCAGUGCCGACCUGUCCUCCGCUCACAGGGAUGCCCGCCUCCCUCCUCUGCCUCCCGCCUUCCCAGCAGAGGAUUUGGCCAACACGACCAGCCCCGACUCAGGAGACUUCCCUUCCCCACCUGCGGAUGUCAUGUCUCCUGGGAGCUUGCCGGGCCCCCCGGGGGAGGAUGCCUCCAUCAAAACUGGGGAUUUACCCUCCUUGUCUGAGGAGGACACACCCGAGGCUCCGUCCCCAGGGCCCCAGGAGUCGGGGCUCUGCCUGGGGGCAGGCAGACAGGGCGGAAGCCUUGGGGACAAAUUGGGUGAGUCACGUUCGGUUUCCAGGGAUCGGGCUGUGGGCAGCCAGUGGUCUGACCCAGCCGGCUGGCCAGGGUGCCCCUCUGGGGGCAGGGCAGGAGACGCCCCUGGAGGGCUCCCAAGGCUGCCGGUGCGGCCCCCGACCCUGUCCAGAGUGGCCUUUAUGGCCGGGGAGGGUCCACCAAUGCUGUCAGCCGCUGGCAGCCCUGGGCAGGGCGACCCAGCUCCUGCUCUGGGCGCGGGCCCCUGCGCUGACCCGCCGGGCACGGAGGGAGCCAAGGUGGUGGAUUUGGUCUCCAGCCAGCUUAGCAGGAGGAUCCUGUGCGACACACUGGCUGUGCUCUUGGAGCCGGCCCAGCCGGCGGCCCCCUGACGGAAGAGCCGCCGUGUCCCGCAGGCUGGCCCGGCGGCCGCUGCAGGGCCUCGGGAAGACGGGGCCCACGGUGACAUGGGGUGCCAUUGCGCAUGCGUGUGCAUGGUGUGUGGGAUGCUCCGGGAAGCCUGGGCCACCGAGGGCAGAGCCACCAUUCAGAACAGCCUGCCUGCGGCUGGCCUCCAAGUAGUCGUCUGGGGCUGGGCUGGGGCCUGGGCGGGGACAUGGCGGCCAGUGCGGUGAGCUCUGUGUUCUUCCGGAUGUUGGGGCCGCUGCGUCCGUCAGGCGCCUGGAAGGGCCCCUGAUCCAAAGCCUUUAAGAGGCGGAAAGGUAAAAGGUUGUGCGGGCGUGUCCAGAGGCUGGCCGGUCGAGGAAAGGUGUGGAGGUCAUGGAUUGACAGAGAACGGUCCGGAGGGGAGCGGUCCCCAAGGACGAACUGGAGACCACAUGCCGGGAGGCAGAGCCAUCGGCAAAGGCGGGGCAAAGAGAGAGAGAGAGCCGCUCUGGGGGGACAGGGGGGCAAGGGGCGGUGGAGACGGGCUGGGGGUCACGUCCGCACGGACUCACGCCCCAGCUUGGCGGCUUCUGAAGGCCAAGGGCAUGCACGUGGGCCGACCCCGCUGUGGACAUCACAGAUCUGUCAACUCAAGGGCCGGAGGUGACCAGUCACGCCCCAGGACUGCCCUCUGGCGGGAGGUGGGCCAAGGGCUCCUUGAGGACUCAGGACUCCGGGAGAGGCCAGAGUCCGAUUCCUGGUGGCUGUCCACCAUCGAAUGACCCUCGGGAUGCAGGGCGGCCUCGGAGCAGGGAGCAGUUUGCAGAGGUGUUCGCGGGUGCGAUCCCUCUAGGGCUUGGCUCCUCCCCUCCAGGGCACGGACUUCCCCCGGCCUCAACAGAGGAACUCCUUUGGAGAUGACACUUAUGGACCCCUGGGGAGCCGGCGCCUUCCGUGCACUUGCGGUUAGCUGGGGGGCGUGGCGGAGCCCAGAGUUCUGCCUGUGCCCUCCACCUUCCAGCUCGGGAGCGGCGGCCGCCUCCAGGCAGCCCUCCACCAGGCCCCCGCUUCCGGGCAGCCUCCUGUAUCCAGGCCAGCUGCUCGCCAGACGGACUUUUGUCACAGGCUCACUCGUCCGGUUUCACGGCUCAGGGAGGCACCAGCUGAGACAGUUCAUGCUGAUUUCGCACUGGGUCCCCCCACGCCCACCAGGGAACCCCGGGACGGGCUCGGGGGGGGGGGGGGGCAAUGUGCUCUUGCUGUGCGUAUGCGAUUUCAAAACAAGUUCUGAGCUACAGGUUUCCUAUUGAUUUCCUUCUAGUUUUCUGAACAAAUCAGUCUGUAAUUUUUUAUUUUUUUUCUAUUUAUUGCUGACCCUUUUGGAUUUACGAGGCCGUGCGAGAGGGAUUAUGUAUUUUACACACACACGUUUGGCAUGGUAAUAAAUCUCCCACCUCAAAACCCUGCA